AUGUCCAAGCUCAACUUCACCUGCGAUCUCUGCAGAAAAAGCUAUGCACGCAUCCAUGACCUAGAUGCCCACCUCAGCAGCUUCGACCACCUGCACAACGAACGCAGGAAGACACUCCGUCAGGUCCAUUCACGCACAGCUCCAUCCACAAGCAGCCAGGACGAUGGCAUGCUCAAAGUCCUCUCCGUGACACCUGCUCCUGCUGCUAAGAAGCAUAAAUCAGGUGGCUUCAAGAGUGCAUUUGGCCUCACUUCAAGGCCACGCUCAACCACGCCUGAAACAACCGCUCAAGAAGACACAUCAGGCUUAUACGACCCACGAUUCCCGACAAUGGGCUGGGACUGA